AUGAUAAUUGUCAUCUUCAUAUUUAUAUUUUCUUCUGCUUUCAUCGAAGCGAAUCACUUCUAUGGUGGCACUAUUAGAUGGGCACCGAUCGAUCCCUAUGACAAUUCUAGUUCAGUUGGUGUCUCCAUUAUACAGUCGUAUUGGUGGAGCUAUCCAGCUGUGUCUUGUGCAAUCAAUGUUCCUAUUUCGACGAGCAGCUACAAUACUACAAACAUGAAUUUGACUUGUGUUGAUGAUUGCUCAACAGAUGGUGGUUAUUCCAAUACGCCCGUUAAUAUUUUAACUGACUGCACCUCAGUUAGUUCGUCGCUUGGCAUCCUAGGAAGCGAACGAUCAGUCAAUGUUACGCUCGCUGCUAAUGCAACUUUUUCGAUAGCAUAUCAGAGUGGCUAUUGGCCAAGUUUGAAUAAUCCACCAUUAAGUAAUUUUAGUUGGUCGUUGUUAUGCUCGAUUGACCUUCAAAUGCGACCGGACGGGUUUUUGAAUACUCCACCAGUGGCAAGUGUCAUUUCUCCACAAUAUGUGAUUGUGAAUACAACAGCGACUAUUGAAAUACCUGUAUCAGAUGCGGACUCGGGUGACGAUAUACGUUGUCGAUGGUCUGUAUAUCAUUCGGGAUAUCGUAGAAGAAGAAGAUCUCUUGAAAACGAUGACAAAACGUACAUAGAUUCUAAUUCUAUGUACUACAACUUAUCUGCUGAUGAAGAAGUUGCUCAUGUGCGGAGAAAAAGAGCGUCAUGUAGUGGAUGCCUUACUACCGUGUGUUUGAUGGGUUGCAGUUGCGUUUGUCCAGGGUGUUCAGGAACCAGUUGUACGGGCACAUGCACAACAAAUCCUACUUGCCCUCUUAUAACAUCUACAACUACAACUACAACAACGUCCAAAAAAGUAACUUCAUCGUAUCCGAAUCAUAAUCCAGUCGAUGAAUGCGGUGAUAUUUGUUAUCCGAAUGCUGUACCCAUGAAUACAACACUAUACAACUGUACUAUAACGCUCACAGGACAACAAGUUGGAAUAUGGUACGCAGUGGCUGUACAGGUCGAAGAUUUCAUCAACAAAUCUAGUACCACCCCUAUGAGUUCAAUUCCAGUUCAAUUCCUCAUUUACGUCAUGCCAGCACUAACAUGCACAUCAUCACCGAUCAUUCUUCCUGUAACAGGUUGCUUAGAAUUUCAAAUUGGCGUUUCGGCGAGUUUCAAUUUAUCUGCGAUUAAUCUAUGUAAUUCUAGCACAGUCGGAAUUGCUGAUAUAGUAAUAUCGCAGUCCAUAUCAGGUGUGAAAGUUAGUAACCUGACAGGUUCAACAACAAACGCAUCACUUGCUUAUGUGACGAUCACUUGGACUCCUCAGAGUAGUCAAGCUGGGGCUCAGACUCUGUGCGCAAUAGCUUACACAGAUGAAAUUGUCCAAUCGCCGAUCUAUUGUGUUACAUUGACCGUAAUUACAACAGGUUUACCUUGCACGACAACAACUACAUCGACAACAUCGACUACUUCGACAACCAGCAGUUCAACUACUUCAACAACUACCACUUCCACAACCUCUACCAGCACUUCUUCCACAACAACCAGCACUUCUACUUCAACAACAACUACUACAACAACCACAACGACAACUACUACGACAACUACAUCCACAACAACUACAGCAACAACAUCCACCACAACGACAAUAACAACAUCCACAACAACUACAUCCGCCACAACGACGACGACUACUUCCACAACUACUACGACGACGACAACGACAACUACAACAUCUACUACCACCACAACAACUACAUCCACCACAACGACGGCGACUACAUCCACAACUACUACGACAACGACAACGACAACAACAACAUCCACCACAACAACGACGACAACAACAACAUCCACUACCACUUCUACGACAUCGACUAUUACAACAGCCACAACGUAA